UCAUGUCAUGUCAGUCGUUUUAUAACGGUGAUGUUUGUUGGUUGUGAGUUUUGUAUAUUUAAUAAAAAGCCUGCCUGCUAUAAACUUAUCGUAAAUAAUCGAAUUCGUUGAAGUUCUUAUCUUAUCAUAUUUCGAAGUAUGAUUUAACAAUGAACAGUAUCCUGUCUUGUCCUUGCAUUGCACUGUUUCUGUGAGACUAAUGUGCUAAUUUUAUAAAAUAUAACAUUUUGUUUGCGCACGGUGUAAUACUUAUUUUGGGUGAAAAUGCCUUCUGGUCAACAAAGAGAUACCAACAUUUCUAUACCGUUGACGCCGACAAGGUCCGAUUUAUAUUGGAGAAGAAUAUUUAACAAGUACGAUAAAGACAAUGACGGCAAGAUCUCCUACGUGGAGCUCAAACACAUCAUUGAGUCGAGGGAGUACGACCAUGACUUACCCGAUAAUGUGGUGGAUAAGAUCAUGAACCUCGCUGACAGAGACAACUCGGGGUACCUGGACUUCAAAGAGUUUGUGGAUAUGAUGCAUCAUCCUGAUCUCAAAGCGGUAUUCGGACAUUUCGUUGCCAGAUAUGUUCAUUCCAUCAUACCCCAUCGAGAUCCAGUUGAUGCUACAGGAAGGUGGCCAGGUUUCCACGCGGUAUCUACGAGUGACGGCGCCCACACCCGUAGCCACGCAUUGUUUACGUACACAGACGGCACCUACGAGGAGGAAUAUAGCUGUUGGCCACCUGCUGUCUGCAUGAUCCUCAUAUCCCUGGUCGAGAUCGUUCUCUUCUGCUACGACGCGUCGCAGGGGCACACUGACGCAAAUGGCCCGAUCGCAAAGAUCUUCAUAUACAAUCCUCAUAAGCGGGAGGAGGCGUGGAGGUUCCUCACCUAUAUGCUGGUACAUGUCGGAGUUGUCCAUCUCCUGGUUAAUCUGCUGGUACAACUAUUCCUCGGCGUACCACUGGAAAUGGUGCAUCGAUGGUGGCGUGUGACGCUGGUUUAUCUGGCUGGAGUGGUAGCGGGCUCUCUGGCCACCAGCCUCACGGAUCCUAAAGUUUAUCUGGCGGGCGCAUCAGGAGGCGUCUACGCAUUAAUCGCGGCACAUAUAGCCACUAUCAUUAUGAACUGGGCAGAGAUGGAGUUCGCUAUCAUCCAGCUGCUAGUGUUUCUGCUGCUGGCAGCUGUAGACGUGGGGACGGCAGUGUAUGAUCGUUACUGGCGUCACACAGCACAGAACAUUGGUUAUGUGGCGCAUUUAGCUGGUGCCAUUGCUGGUUUACUAGUUGGAAUCGGUGUUCUCCGAAACCUCGAAAAGAGGAAAUGGGAAAAGAGAUUAUGGUGGGCGGCGGUAGUCAUAUACUUCACGCUCAUGAUCGCUGGCAUUCUAGCCAACGUCUUCUGGACCAACAGGUUCAUGUGAACCUUAAAGACAUUAAAAUUUGGACUACUCUCCCUCGCCUUUGUGGUGUUGUGGUUGUACAGCGAAUGGGAACGGUUCAGCUUUGUAAUGUUUCGAUAAGCGCACUUAUAUGGAUUAGGUUUAGGGUCUAUUUUUGAAUGCUGAAAUGAAAUGUUAAAAUUGUAAUAAAACUAUGUGACAUAUUUGAUAAUCAGGUAUUCCACAUUGAGCCUAUUAGCUUUAAGAUUAUUUUUAUAUAUACCAUUUGUAUUUUUCGAUUCCUAGGUCAUUGAGAACUUAGUGCCUUAAGUGCAAGACUUAAUAUUUAAAGUAUUUUAAACUUUCAAUUUGAUGUAGAAAUACAGAAAUUUGUAUUAUAUUGCGCAUAAAGAAAACCAUCAAUAAUAUUAAAACUGAGUACAUCAUAUUAAUAAGUGAAU